GGAUACUCACUCGAGAUGGCCGACGGAGUUGAAGACGCCAUCGUGGCACGUUGCGCUGCCCAGCGCGCGGCCGUCGAUGGCGAGCCCGUCUGCGCUCUCUGCGGCCGCUACGGCGCCUACGUCUGCGAUGCAACGGACGAAGACGUCUGCAGCCUCGAGUGCCGGGACACCGCGCAAGCCCGCGCCGCAACCCGCGGACUCCGCGCGGAGCUGGGGCUCGCGGUCACACCAGACUCGGCGACGCCGCUCGCAACGACCUUCGACGAUGUCGAUUUGGCACCCGAGCUUGUUGCUAACAUGGCGCGCGCAGAGCUGCUGCAGCCGACUCCGAUCCAGAUGCAAGUGUUGCCUCUCGGGCGUGCAGGCCACGACGUUCUUCUAUGCGCGCCAACAGGCACGGGCAAAACGGUGGCGUUUCUGCUGCCGCUGCUCGCCCGCACGAUGGCGGCGCGCUUUGAGAUCCACGGGAUCCUCGGCCUCAUCCUCGCGCCCGUCCGCGAGCUCUGCAUACAAAUUGAAGCCCAGAUCAAGGCACUCGUGCAAGGCAUUCCGAAGAUGCGAACCGCGCUGCUCGUGGGCGGUCUGCCUCUGCCCAACCAACUCCACCGACUCGCCCAAGGUCCGCAAGUGCUCAUUGGUACCCCCGGACGUCUCUUGGCCAUCCAUACCGACCACGGCUUGAUGCUGCACGACGUCCGUACCUGCGUCCUCGACGAAGCCGAUCGGCUCUGCGACGAUGAGUUUCGAGACGCAACGACCACGCUGCUCUCGCUUCUGCCUCCAAAUCGCCAGCUCUUCUUUGCCAGCGCAACCAUGACGCCAGCUGCGGAGGCCAUUGCUCGCACGCUGGCACCUGACGUUCUCCGCGUGACGCACAGAUUCUCGUCGGGUCUGGCGGUUGACAUUCCUCAUCAUGUGACCCAGCAUGUGCAGUUCGUUGCCAACGCUCAGAAGACAAAGCGCCUCUUCGAGCUGCUUCGGGGGAAACCUUCUGACGACCCGCUGCACGCGACCCUUGUGUUUGUGGCGUCCCAGCAAGGCGCCGACGUGCUCGUCAAGUCCAUCUACAAGGCGUGCAACGUCCCAGCCCUCUCGAUCCACGGCGGCAAGUCCCAGGCCGCGCGGCUGCAAGCGAUGGAGGCGUUUGUGGCAGGAACCGCGUCCAUCUUGGUGGCGACGUACGUCUUGGGGCGCGGUAUGGACCUCCUCAGCGUCGACGACGUGGUCAUCUUUGACUUGCCGCCGACCGUCGACGAGUACGUGCACCUUGUGGGCCGUGCAGGACGCAGUGGCGAUCCCGGGCGCGCGACCGUGUUUGUCAACGAAGAGAACGCGCGGCUCUUCCCGGCGCUCACGAGCGGUGCCUGGGCGAGUGUGCGGGACUUGCCAAAACAAGUGACCGACGUGAGCGUUUCCGAGCGCAAGCGGGAGCGCGUGCAAAUCGAAGCGCUGUGCCAACGCGCCCACGCCGCUGCCACCCACUGGCAACACUGGACGUCGACCAAGCGCAAGCGGGACGAUGGCGACACCGCCGCUAGGCAGCCCCGGCAGCGCAUACACGACUAAACUAUGCUUUUUAAACUAAGUAGGCAGUGUCACUCGACGCAACACAAGUCGCAAGGACACUGUACCGAUAAGGUUAGUUAGUAGAAUUGGAAGAUGACGCAAUUGAUUGCACGACACUGUCG